AUGGCAGCUCCUUUUCCACCAACCAGACCACCUAGUAAUAGAACAGAGCUCCGAUUGGUAAAUGGAGGGAAUCGCUGUCGAGGCCGCGUUGAAGUUCGGCGUGACUUUGGAGAAUGGGGGACAGUUUGUGAUGAUAUAUGGGAUCUAAAAGAUGCGGCAGUAGUAUGCAGACAACUUGGAUGUGGACCAGCUAUUGAAGCAAAAAGCGGAGCCUAUUUUGGACAAGGAUAUGGUCCUAUUCUCCUGGAUGACGUGAACUGCAGUGGGUAUGAAUCCCAUCUUUUGGAAUGUAAAACUUCAGGCUGGGGAAAUCAUAAUUGCAACCACCAGGAAGAUGCUGGUGUCAUUUGUUCAGCAAGUGUUCAACCAACAACAGGUCCUCAUUGGACACUAUCAAUAUCACCGGCAGCCCUUGAGCUCCGAUUAGUAAAUGGAAGUCGCUGUCAAGGCCGUGUUGAAAUUAGGCAUUAUUACCAAGACUGGGGGACUGUUUGUGAUGAUUCAUGGGACCUGUAUGAUGCCAAUGUGGUAUGCCAACAACUUGGAUGUGGAUAUGCCAUCAGAGCAACAUCAGAAGCAUUCUUUGGUCAAGGAUAUGGCCCUAUUUACCUGGAUAAUGUUCAGUGCACUGGGAAUGAAAGCUACCUUUGGGAAUGCAGAAGUGCAGGCUGGGGAAAUCACAACUGCAACCACGAAGAGGAUGCUGGUGUUAUUUGUUCAGGGAGAAACCCUACAACGCAUUGGCCAGUAACAGUAUCAGAAGAAUCUUGUGGUGGUUUUCUUGGAUACCCAUCAGGAUCAUUUAAAAGUCCACAUUAUCCUUCUGACUAUCCAAACAAUGUGGACUGUGUAUGGGAAAUACAAGUUAAAAACAACUACCAAAUAAGACUUACCUGGCAGAAUUUUGUGUUAGAAGAAUGUGGUGGAUUCAGAUGCACUUGCGAUUAUGUUGAAAUCUAUGAUGGACCUCUCCAUACUGCCUCACUGCUGGGGAGAAUUUGUUAUGGCUCCUAUCACACUUUUACAUCAAGUUCCAAUAUGAUGACAAUUAAAUUCCAUACUGAUAGUAGUGUUACAAGAAGAGGCUUUAUUGCAAACUAUUACAGCUUCUCUACAGAUCAAGAUAUAACUCUUGUUUGUCAGCCAACCUAUAUGGAAGCUGUAAUUAGUAGAAGUUAUCUGAACUCUCAAGGCUAUAAUCCAUGGAGCGUCAGCUUGAAGGAUCCAAACUGCAGACCAAGGAUCACACCAUAUUAUGUUAUAUUCAACAUACCAUAUAAUGGAUGUCAGACCAGAAGAGAUGUUGAUGCUGAUACUAUUACAUAUUCAAAUGAGAUCUCUGCAAUGGCCCCUUCACAAGACUUCAUAAGAAGGAUACCAGAUCUCCUUGUUCAUGUCAACUGCAAGAUGCUUCAACACACCUGGAUAGAGACAGUGUAUAUCGCUCAGCAAACAGAAGAGAUUAAUGAAACACAAUAUAGCCAAUAUAGUGUGAACCUUACAUUUUAUGACUCAUCCUUCUGGAAACCAGUAAAUGAUAUGCCUUAUUAUGUUGUAUUAAAUCAAAGGUUAUAUUUGCAAGCAUAUCUCUAUAGUUCAGAUUCCAACCUGCAGCUGUUUUUGGAUACUUGUACAGCAUCCCCUUUUUACAAUAAUUUUACAAACCUAACUUAUGAUAUUAUCAAGAAUGGGUGUGUUAAAGAAUCUACUUAUCAGACUCACUACUCCCCCUAUAAAAAUAUUCUUCGCUUUUCCUUCCAAGCCUUUGCCUUCAUGGGGAGGCAUCCAUCAGUUUACCUGCAGUGUAAAGUGGUGGUUUGCAGAUCCUAUGACUAUAACUCAAGAUGCAAUCGAGGCUGUCUACUCCGAUCCAAGAGAGAUACAGACUCCUAUCAGGAAAACCUAGAUGUCAUUAUUGGCCCCAUCGAACUUAUGAAGGAUGGUGUUCAGAACAGAAACUUUGAAGCAAAGCCAGAAGCCCAGGAAAAUUUGGCAACUCCUGAUUUCCAUGUACCUUACAUUGUUGCUGCUGCUGUCCUUGCAGUUGUUGCAGUGACUCUUGCAGGAAUUAUUCUGAAAAACAAGUGGAAAAGAUCAGUUCCAUAUGAGAUAAUGUGAGGACUUAAAAUCUUGUGUUAUAAACCAGUGCUGAGUUAAUAGUGAUGCACUUAAUUAUUGGAUGUCCUCAACAGCAACACCAAUAUUUCUCUGAUAUAUUAAUAUUCUUAUGAUUUAUGUUGAUUUUGCUAUUAUAUUAAAAUUAAGAACUAGAAAAUAAGACUUGAAAAGUUUGUUAACAUUUAUAGCAGCAACCUGAAUAAUAUGCUUAUCCCCCCCCCGAAA